CUGCGGCUGACGCUUCGCCCCAUUCCGCCACACACUAACACACUCGGAGAGGGCGAGAGAGAUUCGUCUGCGGCAGUACAAGGAGAAGCUACGCAAAGAAAGGAUCAUUGUGUAGAUUUCCGGCGUAUUCUCCCGCAGCUUCGCCAGAAACAUUUUGGUGAAGAUUCAACUCGAUGGCCGCUGGAAGAGUCAUCAACCGGCUUCUGAGGAAGGGCUUUCGGUUCCAAUCAUCGGUGCAGGCACCAUCAUUGGUUUCAUCCGUAAGGCAGGAGGAUGCUGGUAUUAAGUCACUAAAAGUCUUCGCACUAAUUGGAGCUGGUAUUUCUGGUAUUCUGAGCUUUGCUACCGUAACAUCUGCGGACGAAGCAGAACAUGGCUUACCAGCUCCCAGCUAUCCAUGGCCUCACAAAGGCAUUCUCAGUUCUUAUGAUCAUGCAUCAAUUCGUCGUGGCCACCAAGUUUAUCAACAAGUUUGUGCUUCUUGCCAUUCUAUGUCUCUGAUUUCAUAUCGAGAUCUUGUCGGUGUGGCUUAUACCGAGGAGGAGACAAAAGCAAUGGCUGCUGAGAUUGAGGUGGUUGAUGGUCCCAAUGAUGAAGGUGAAAUGUUCACUCGUCCUGGUAAAGUAAGCGACCGUUUUCCUCAGCCAUAUCCAAAUGAACAAGCAGCCAGAUUUGCAAAUGGAGGGGCAUAUCCUCCGGACCUUAGCCUGAUUACCAAGGCACGACACAAUGGCCAAAAUUACGUGUUUGCUCUUCUCACUGGCUACCGUGAUCCUCCUGCUGGUGUUUCGAUUCGAGAUGGACUGCACUAUAAUCCAUACUUUCCUGGUGGUGCAAUAGCUAUGCCCAAAAUGCUUAUUGAUGGUGCCAUUGAAUAUGAAGAUGGUACUCCUGCCACAGAGGCACAGAUGGGGAAGGAUGUUGUUACAUUUUUGUCAUGGGCAGCAGAGCCCGAGAUGGAAGAAAGGAAGCUGAUGGGAUUCAAAUGGAUAUUUGUACUGUCUCUCGCUCUGCUCCAAGCUGCUUAUUACCGGCGCUUGAAGUGGUCCGUUGUCAAGUCCCGCAAGCUGGUGCUGGAUGUCAUCAACUAAUCCUUUUUUACAUGUUAAGGUAGGGUUAGAUUUAGUGAGAAAAACAACAAUAAUGAUCUUGGGUGAUGUACAUGGAAGCGGGAUGAGAUCACAACUCUAGCAAUCUUCUUUUUCUCCCGUCGCCAGAGAUAAUUAUAUGGUGUGCGUAUCAACUUCUUUUGUGACACGAAUAUGUUGAGGCUUGUAUCACCUUGUUAACAUAUACUUUUUAUAAGAUGGUGUCAAUCUUCUCAGUUUCA